GCCAUUUGUUCUCCUUCGUCGUCCACGACGGAGCGGCUUCUUCUUAGGGUUUUAUUACUGGUUUUGGUUUCCAAGUUCACCCAUUAUUCGACAGAUCAAUACCGGAGUAGUCUUCGCUUCUCACCUUCGAUGGAUCCGUCAUCUCUGAACUCUGCCGAACUGCAGCAGUUGAUCAAUCAAGAAAAGGAGGCGGCCAUGGUUAACGAGAUGGUGUCAAAGAUGACUAGCGUGUGUUGGGACAAAUGCAUCACCAGUACUCCCGGAAGCAAGUUCAGCUCCAGUGAAUCGUCGUGCCUUUCCAACUGCGCUCAGCGCUACAUGGAUAUGAGUCUCAUCAUCAUGAAACGCUUUCAGUCGAUGGGAUCCAUGCACUAAAGACGGCAGAUGGCGAAGCAUUCUGUCUCUCGUCUCCAGCUUUUAGCAUCUCCUCUUACAUGUAGUCCAUCUCGUUAAUUUGUUAAUCAGACUCUCGGUAGAAUUUAUUGUGUUCUCCUGAUGAUAAUUGUGGAAAGCCUCUUGUAGCUGGUUUCUGGUACCUCAUACAAUUGUGUGCACAAGCAGGCACAACAGUUUUUUC